UAAUCAGCGAGCAGGCUGAGCAGCAGCAGCAGAAACAAAAACACGCACUAGACGACCACCAACUUCCACCCGGAUCUAGUAGCACCUUGCCACCCCUGCAGGAGAACCGACGAGGAAGACGCGAGUCGCUGCGACGAGCUUUGGACGCUGGUCUGCAGAGCAGGGAGAGCUCCUAUGGCACAAUAGGGCCGCUGAUAGGCCGACGAAAGAUCAGCAGGCGCAGGCAGCUCAAGGUGAAUAGCCAAAGCGAGCCAUCACUCGCAGAUUAUCAGGACCUUGACAAUGACAAAUCGCAUCCGCGAGACCAUCCUCCACCAAAAGUGCUGAUAUCUGAUACGAAUGGUGAUUGCCUGCAGCCUGGCUAUUCCGUUCCAAACGCAGUUUUACAUUCUGAUCAGCAGCAGCAGCAUCACCGUGCGGAGAAUCACUAUCAAUCGGCGGGCAAGCAUCAGAAGCAGCUCCAGCAGCAGAAACCGUAUCACGUGCACAGCUCAACACUGCGCGGUUCAGACGUGUCCAGCCUAGGCUACUACCAGUACCAUCGUGGUCUCCACCAUACCACUAGUUCGCAUACGUACGGAAGAGGCAGUUACCUCUCGUUCGCCUCUUCCUCUCUGGCGGCUGGAGCAGGGCCUGGCGAAUUUAGCAGCGGCGCGCAGCAGUUUGGUUCCUGUCCCAUCGUGUUUGAGGCGGCGUUCAGGGACGACCUAUCUUCCAUAUACUCGAGUGCGACUAGGCGCUCGGAGCAUUACGCUGCGUUCUCACCCUCUAGACAUCGCGUGCCCGUUUUUGCCAGCUUGUCCUCUAUAUUAGAUCGCCUCCCCAGAGACUCGCUGGCUUCGACCUUGGACAAAAUUACAAGUCCUACGAAGAAGCACUCGACUGGAGUAGAGUUUAAUGCUACCAUGGAUUGGCAAAACCAGCACGGCAAUGGAGUCGGAUUCAACCAUCAACCUACAGCCAGCACCACUUCCAGCGGUAAUCAAACGGCCUCGCAGACGACAGAGGAUCCGCGCGUCUACGACAACUUCCAUAUCCCCAACGACUCCAACCUUUACGACAACCUGAAGAGACAACUGGGAGCAUCCAAUGGCGGAUCGCCGCAGGUUCAUAGCUCAGAGCAGCAGGUCGGGCAUCUGAGUCAACACCCAGAUGGUAUGGUGUAUCCAUUCGAUACGACAGCCACGGAGAAUAGCAGUCGGGAUGGCGGCAAUCAGCAAGGUCCAGAAGUGCAAUCAGCCUACAAGCAGCAAAGGAGCGGACCUGGCCAAGGAGCGGGAGGCGACCAGGAGCAGGAGCCGGAGAAGAUGUCUAUGACCGCAGCACUAUCAUCACCGUCGGGAAAGCUGAAUGGCGUUCUGCACGCGUUGUCCAUCCUACUAGCGCUGAUCUCCAUCGUCAUUGCAGCACUGGUGGCAUCUGGUGAUAUCCACAAUAAUGACAAUCUCCGCGUACGAUCAUCGGGACCGGUUCAGUCACCCAUGGUGGAGUUGCCAGUCGGGGAUCGGCUGAUGAGCCUGGAGACGAACAUCAACAAUCAACAAAGAACGUUACAGCAGCUAUCAGCAACCAACACAGAUCUUCAGCGAAGGGUACGGGUUGUGGAGGUCAGCCGUCCUGGUUUGCCUAUGCAACAGCCAGUACCUGUGCCAGUCCCUGGACCUGGACCUGGACCGGUGCCUGGAGCUGGGCCUGGACCGGUGCCAGUGCAACAGGUACCGCCGAACGUCAUGCAGAUGGGACCAACGCCAAUGCAGGGCGGCGUGUCCACUACCUACAUACGCUGGGGGAGGACCAUGUGCCCUGGCCAGAGGUUCAUGCCGGGCGGGGCGCAGAUGGGCGGCGGGGCUGGCGACCCGUUCCAACAGCAGCAGAACGUCUUCCAGAACCAGAUGCGAGGACGGUUCAUGAACGGCAUGCAGGCGGGACCGCGGCCUGGCUCGGUUCAUCUCGUCUACGAGGGAGUGACGACCGGCUCAUGGAGCAACAACAUGGGUAACGGAGCCAACCCGCUCUGCCUGCCCAUCCACCCGCGAUGGGGCAACUUCAGCGACCUGCCCAACCAGGGAGGACGCCUGUACGGCGCCGAGUAUCGCCUGGGUCAGCUAGAGGGCACGUACAACGUGUUUGAGAACACGCUGCAGCCCGGUCGGCUCAACCACCAGAGCGUGCCGUGCGCGGUGUGCCGGGCGCUGCAGGUAUCCACCUCGCUCAUGGUUCCCGGUGUGACACAGUGCCCACUCGGCUGGCAGGUGCAGUACCACGGCUAUCUGAUGAGUGAGCGCUUCGACUCCACCAAGGCCGAGUACCUGUGCGUGGACGCGCAGGCCGAGGCCUCGCGGCACGGCGGGUCGAGAAUGCCGGGCGUGGUGCGCGAGGGCAUGAUGCUCUACCCGGUCGAGGCCCAGUGCGGCUCCCUGCCGUGCGCGCCGUACGUGAUGAACAGAGAGUUGACCUGUGUCGUGUGCACGAUAUGAUCCGGGAUGUGUAGCUACUUCCU